GGCGGACGGUACGGGUGCACUAUCACCAGGGCUCCGUAAGUGAAGAUGUUUUAGAGCGGAUUACGAUUGUUUUUAUCAUAGAUUUUGAGUUUUUUGAGUACCGGAUAUACAGUUUAGUAACCACAUAGUAAGGAUGGCUGGAAUCAGAAGCACCAGGGCGUCAACUCGGGCAAAAAGUUCGACGAAAUGGUGGAAUGUCUCAGCGUCGAAGAUUCCAGCGGACGAGACCAUACACACCGACUACAAUGACGAGGCCAAAACCAGCCCCUGCAAUACAAAGUUUGUGACAACUACCGACAGAGUUCCUGUGUGGGUGAAGGUGUGUAAGUUGCGCUACAACGAAGAGUACGGAAAGCAGAGCGGACAGAAGGUAGAAUGGAGAGACGGAGACCAAGCGGACGUCUUGAUCGUCACAGAGACAGAACAGAAAGACGGAAAAGUUCAAGAAUCGUGCGUGCUGUCAAUCCACUUCUGGAGAAACGGUACCAUCUGCAUCCAAGGAUCAGCAUUCCUGGAAUGGACUGACAAAAUCUUUCCGAGUCUGAAGAAAAAAGUUGAAGAAACAUCGAAUGGCAACUGUCAAAAUGGCGGCCCAAGCCAAAGCGACGCCGACGGAAACAAAGACCACGAUACCGGAAGUAACACCUUCACCACUCCGAAAGGUAAGACGUUUCUAUCUUCUGAAACUGUGGAUACAUCAUCCGAAACCAUUGAUCACUCAGAUGAAACCCCUGUCAAGGUCCCUGUUGGCACACCUAGAAAGACAAACAGAUUUAGAAAAGCUGUCGAAAACUUUAUCAGCCCCUUCAGGACCCCAACUUCUACUGAAUCUCCACUGAACUCUAGCAAAAACGUGUUGGACUUUGAGAACACCCCGACUCCAUCGGACACUGUGGAAAAGUCAACUUCACACGACCUCAUCACAAGAGAUAUCCAGAAACACUACGCGGAUCUUGUUGACCUUGUUAAUACUCUACAAGUAGAAGUCAAGGCGUUAAAAGAUGAACAGGGUACACAAAAGAAUGAAUUUGAAAAGAAACUGAAAGCUGUCUCCGGUGAGUUGAAAAAACAGCUGGAAGAUGAACAGAAAAGGCAUGCAAAUGAAAGGAAGAGUGUGAACAGCCGCCACAAUGAAGAAAUGGCCACCCUCACGGCGAAGUGUGAAUCUCUCCAGUCCCUUGUUGAAAAACAGCAAGAACAGAUUGCUAAACUGCAGGAGGUGACGGAUUCCAUUCAACUCUCCCAAUCCAUUUCAAAGAUGAGAACGUAUGCACAGACUGUGGCUUUGAACCCAGGUGCUCAUCAGGUUAGUGCUAAAAACUGCAUCUCCAAGGACAAUGGCACUAAUAACGCCACUGAUGACAAAACAAUGGAUCCGGGUACAGCUCAUGCAAAUCAUACAACAACACAGCCAAGUACUGAAGAAGCCGACUCAGACGUUGAACUGACCCAACAGGUUCCGUCACAGGAAGGAACACAAGUCCCGACAGUGGAGUCGAAACAAGUCAGGGUGUACACGGACUCCAUAUGGAAAGCCGUCAAUGUCUCCAGAAUGUUUCCCAAUCUUUCGACACACAAAGACAAGACAUCUACAAUAUCCGAUGCCACAAAGAAGCUAGAAACCAUCCACGACCCAGGAACAUCCUAUGCGAUUCUUCACAUAGGAUCUAACGACUUAGACAACUCCAAACACAACGACUCUUCUGUACAAGACUGUCUGCAGAAAACGGAAGAACUCGUCAGUAUUGCCAAAGCGUCAUUUCCAAACGCCACCAUUGUCUUGUCUCAGGUUCUCCCGAGAGGCAAUGACCUGCAAUCUGACCUGAACAAGAACAUCAAGGACUAUAACCAAUCUGUACUACAAAGAUACAAGGAUGAAGAGAAGCUGCUGUACGUACGUCACAAGAAACUGUCAACAUCUAGACAUCUCUACAGACGCGAUGGUAUCCACUUGGAUGAAGUCACAGGGACGAGUCUUCUAGUGGCAGAUGUAAAGAGGACCAUCCGCUCUGUGGAGAACAAAUACGAUCCCGGCUACAGUCGAGAAAACUGGAGACAACCCCCACAUUCAGGACAGGACAGAACACAUCGGAACCGCGGACAGGACAGAGCACAAGAGAACCGCGGACAGGAUAGAGCACAGCAGAACCGCGGACAGGACAGACCGCAGCAGAACCGCGGCCGAGACGGUUCCUGGCCUGCCGACGUGAACUGUACAUCGGGAGAGCGGAGCCGUCCCAACAGGUACCGGUCCCAGGUCAACACACCACACGAGGACAUUAUAAACCUGGCCUACAAGUUGAAAGAACUGCUCAACAACUUUUAGAUACUCAGUGUACCAGCGCUGA